UGGAGAUGGACUGGAGCAGCAGCACUUCCAUUGGUUUAGUGUUCAUCCUGACUUUUCUAUUAAUAUUGAAAAUGGGAGCUUUCUGGAAUAACCACAAGAGAAAGAAUUUUCCCCCAGGACCAAGAGCAUUACCUAUCAUUGGAAAUCUGCAUUUGUUUGAUUUGAAGAGACCCUACAGGACUUAUCUACAGCUGUCAAAAGAAUAUGGUCCAGUCUUCAGUGUUCAGAUGGGGCUAAGGAAAAUAGUAGUGAUUUCUGGGUAUGAGACAGUGAAGGAAGCUCUUGUAAACCAGGCAGAUGUGUUUGCAGAGAGACCUAAAAUCCCAAUCUUUGAAGAUUUGACCAAAGGAAAUGGGGUUGUUUUUGCUCAUGGUGAAAACUGGAAGGUGAUGAGAAGAUUUACUCUCACAACCUUACGAGACUUUGGAAUGGGGAAAAGGGCCAUUGAGGACCGCAUUGUGGAGGAGUACGGGUAUCUGGCAGACAUCAUUGGAUCACAAGAAGGAAAACCCUUUGAUGCUAGUAAAAUAAUUAAUGCAGCAGUUGCUAACAUAAUUGUGUCAAUAUUACUUGGAAAACGAUUUGACUACAAAGACUCCAGAUUUGUGAGACUUCUACAUUUGACCAAUGAAAACAUGAGGCUUGCUGGAAAACCUUUGAUUACGAUAUACAACAUCUUCCCACACCUUGGAUUCCUUCUAAGGGCUAACAAGACUCUUCUCCAAAACAGAGAUGAAUUCCAUGAUUAUAUACAAGUCACUUUUGUAAAACAUCUCAAAACCCUGGACAAAAAUGAUCAAAGAAGUUUUAUUGAUGCUUUCCUGGUUAAACAGCAGGAGGAGAAAUCUACUACCAACAGUUAUUUCCAUAAUGGCAACUUGCUAAGCUUGGUGAGCAAUUUAUUUACUGCUGGUGUUGAGACAAUUUCCACCACACUAAAGUGGAGCUUUCUGCUGAUGCUAAAGUACCCUGAAAUUCAGAGAAAGGUCCAAGAAGAAAUAGAGGAAGUGAUAGGAUCAAACCCACCACGGAUCGAGAAUAGAACUCAGAUGCCAUAUACAGAUGCUGUCAUCCAUGAAAUUCAGAGGUUCGCUAAUAUCCUGCCAUUGGAUUUACCUCAUGAGACUGUUGCAGAUGUCACGCUCAAAGGCUAUUUCAUUCCCAAGGGAACCUACAUCAUACCCUUACUGGCCUCUGUCCUGCAAGACAAAUCACAGUGGGAGAAACCACACAUGUUCUAUCCUGAGCACUUUCUUGACGCCAAUGGAAAAUUUGUGAAGAAAGAUGCUUUCAUGCCUUUUUCAGCAGGGCGGAGAUUGUGUGCCGGUGAGACUCUCGCCAAAAUGGAGCUCUUCCUCUUCUUCACCAGUCUCCUGCAGAGGUUCAGCUUUCACCCUCCGCCUGGAGUUUCUGUCUCAGACCUGGACCUCAGCCCUGCUGUUUCAUUUAAUGUCAUCCCCAAACCCUAUAAAAUGUGUGCUGUAACACGUUCCUAGAGCUCUAACCAGCAUCAACUUGCUUCAAAAACAUUUAAAUUACUUUUCCAUGA